CCCCGACGUGCCCCUCUCUUCCGCGAAUCUGAGCAGAACUCUAACAGAGUUCAACAUCUGACCUUCAAACCCUCUUCUCGACACACCAUUCGCUGCCUACGUUCUCACCUUGCAGGUGCGACUGCAUACAACAUGGAUAAGGCUUUCCUGGCUAGCCCCUUAUCAUCCAACUCACCCACAUGCCUCAAUAAUGUUAGGCAAUGUCCCCUGGCACACACCUCCUCCAUCCCAACAUCUUCAGAGCACCAACUUCCAACCACCCAAGAGAAUAAUAAGGCAAGACACUUUACAAACCCAGCAACUGGAGUACUCUUCACUGAAAGAAAGAAAGAAAAAAACCUGACAAUGCCCUACAACAACGACGAGCAUGUGUUGAGGUUGGUCACUGAGAGUUUGUUCAAAGAUGAACCAGCACCAUCGAAGCCCGAACAACAAAAGCAAGGCAUGUCGAUGAAGGUACAAGUUUUGAUACACAUUGCACUCUUCACAACUCUUGCAUUUCUCUUCUCUCCGCUUGAUCUAGUGGUCAAUCCUGAUGCUUGCUCAUGCCAAACCCCCAAACCCGAUACACAUCUCCACCGCUUCGAUGGUACUUUCGAUCGCUCUUCUCCGUUCAAGGGCCCGCCUUCGCCUGAGGUGAUUGCGGAAUGGGAUAAGAUUAUUCCUUUGAACAUGAUGCGCAUCCCCGAAAGCGAAUUCGCCACAUUAAACGCCUCGCCCCACGCCGUGAAGAUACCCGAGAAAAACGGUGGAGGAAGAGUAGUCAUGUUUGAAGCGAUUCAUAUGCUGCACUGCGUCAAAUCCCUAUACCAAUCUACGUACCCGUCAUAUUUUUCUUCUAACCCAGCUUACUACACUCCUACCCCUUCGUCGACCGAGGAAGAAGCACAGCGCGCGUACAUCGAUCACUGCGCCGAUAUGCUUCGUCAGAAACUAAUGUGCGAUGCGGAUCGCACGUUGAUUACUUUCAAGUGGGUUGACGGGCUUGAGAGGCCGCAGCCGGACUUUGAUGUUUUGCAUAAGUGUAGGGAUUUUGGGGGGUUGGUUGAGGAGGUUGGACGGAGGAGUAUUGACGUGCCUUUGAGGGGGGAGGUGGAGGGAAAUGAGUAA